GGAGACUCGAGCAGGAGCGCGCACGGCAGCGAGACGCUUGUAAAUGAAUCAUUUUGAUUGGGCGAGAGCGCGCCUUGGAAACAAGGGCCGUGUGUUGAUGCGCACGGCAGAACGUCCAUUUCGAGGAUGAAUCAGAGGGGAGCAGCAUCAGCAUCCCCAUCACAUAACGAUCCACCUGCGACUAUCACACCCUGCGAAGAAGGAAAAUAGGCGAAUCUGCGCACGGUGCCUUUUAUUUUUCCCUUUCUGGAAGCUCCAUCUUCCUUUGAACGUGGACGUGGCGAGGAACCACAUCGGGCCAGGAGGGGGAUGGUGAUGAACUUCAAAUGGAGACGAGAUGCUGGCAUUUCCCCACUGCUCCUCAGCCCAAACUCCCAUUAUUAUGAGAGUUCUUUUUAAAACACCAACCUAAUGGAUUCUUCUGAGCUCUGUGUUUGGGAUAGCAGGAGGCGUUGGAAUAUGUCAAUGGGGAGAUGCACAAGGAAAUGAUGUGAAAGCUUUGUCAUGAUGAACAAUAAACAAAACUGUAGGAUUGCACAUGAAUCCAACUUCCAGCUCUUUUGGAUUAUGCUUUUAUGCUGAAAGAUCCGCGACGAUGACUGUAUGUGGCAGUGAUGCUCUGAAAUGCCAUUUUGCAUCUUCCUCGUCUCUCAUCCGUGCAUUCAGGCUUUGGGUUGCUGGGAGUUUAUGAGAAUUACAUCUCUCUAGAGCUGAAACAAUGCAUUGCUGGCAAUACCAUAGGCUUAUUAUUGUCGACCUGUGAUGAUUGUAACGGCAUUUAGAGAAGCCCCAACAAGCACAUACAUGCCAUCAGACGGAAAACAACAAGCCCAGAGAUUUUUCUGACCAAUUACCUUUGGUUUGGACACUUUCCUCUGAGGCUUUAGGGUAGCAACUGCAUUUCUGCCGAAUAAAAUAUUAAUAAUCGGCCUACACGAAUCAAUAACAUCAACAAUACUAAUAAAAAACAAUAAUGCACAAUAAUAACAAUAUUUAAAAAAUAACGAACACAACAAUAAUAUAAUACUAUUUUUCUGUUAACAAUUAAACCAUUUCGUUCCAGCCAUAUAACACACACACAUGUAGUCAAACAUGUUCAAGAACCGGAUCCGCAUGUUUUUUAACGAACUGAAGGUGCUGGUUUUCAUGCGAUCCGGUUCUUCUCGACGCUCCGACAGUGACGCAGAGCCGAACAGACGCUCGGACAGAAUGAGGGGGCUCGGGAUGGGCGGCUGCGGAUGGCCGCCCUUCGUCGACUGCUCCAGCCGCGACGAUGAGGAAGAAUACUACGGGAGCGACCCCAGGCCCAGGAGCCUGGCGUUCGAGGAGAAAGACCCGAAACUGCAGGCGGGCCUGGACGCGGUCAGCCUCACCAGCAGCACGGCCAGCGGCAUGAGGACACCCCAGUGUCGAAUCUGCUUCCAAGGGCCCGAGCAGGGGGAGCUGUUGAGCCCAUGCCGCUGCGACGGCUCCGUGCGCUGCACACACCAGCCCUGCCUCAUCCGCUGGAUCAGUGAGAGAGGAUCCUGGAGCUGUGAGCUCUGCUACUUCAAGUACCAAGUCCUGGCCAUCAGCACCAAGAACCCGCUGCAGUGGCAGGCGAUUUCCCUGACGGUGAUCGAGAAGGUGCAGAUUGCCGCCAUUAUCCUGGGCUCACUCUUCCUCAUCGCCAGUAUCUCGUGGCUGGUGUGGUCUUCUCUCAGCCCGUCCGCCAAGUGGCAGCGCCAGGACCUGCUCUUCCAGAUCUGCUACGGCAUGUACGGCUUCAUGGACAUCGUGUGCAUAGGCCUUAUAAUCCACGAGGGCUCAUCCGUGUACAGAAUCUUCAAGCGAUGGCAAGCUGUAAACCAGCAGUGGAAAGUAUUGAACUAUGAGAAGGCGAAGGACUUGGGAGACCCGCUGAGCUCCAGCAGUAAGGCAGGCAACCGCGGCUCCCGCAGCAACACGCACGGCCUGGCCAGCGGCAGCAGGGGGGGCCAGCGAGUGCGCAGGUUAAGGACUAUCCUCAACCACCACUGCGGAUACACCAUCCUCCACAUCCUCAGUCAACUGCGGCCCAGCGACCCGCGGCUCGGCACCGCCACCAACCGCGAGGUGGUUAUGCGGGUCACGACCGUAUGAGGUCGGAAAAAAAAAAGAUGCCACCGCGUUUCAGGCUCCAAGCGCCUUUUCCUGGAAAAGACAGUUUCGCGAUGCCAGGAUUUCUCCUUGCAUUACGCCUCACUUCGACUUUUUAAACGGACAGGAGCGCGACGAACAAUGCGUAAGACAUUGGCGCCAUUAAUUCCUGGAGUUUCUAUUGGCGAGACUCUCAUGAUCUAGCACACUAUUGCAUUUUUAGUUCGAUUUCCUCGCUGGUGUUGUUUUUUUAUCGAUGCGGUUUUUAAAACUUUUUGAUUUUCUAAAGGGAGAAUGGUACAUGAAGUGACACCGACAUGUGAUGUAUAUGGCGACUCAUAUGGACCUAUUGUAAAUGAUGUUUACGGAUGCUUCUGACGCAGCAAGAAAGCCAACCAUAACCAAACGAUCACGACACAAUAACCAGGGAAACGAGAUAUACGAAUUGUUGCAUACUAAAAUAUAUCAAAGGGGAGGGUGCAAUAAGACAUAAUAAGAUUAUACAGAGAAUAAAAAGACGUAAACAUUUAAAAGAAUUUGAUCUUCUCUGCAAUAAAGAUACCUGUACAUUUUACAGUGACCUUUGCAUGAGGGUAGAGUUUUAUGCCUCCUCGACACAUGGACAUGAUGAAUUUGUUUUAUUCAGAAUGGUGCUCGUUUGAAUAAACACUACUAUUCAUCU